AUGGGGUGGGUGCGAAGCGACGUUGAGUCUCAGGUUGAUGGUCAAUCUGUUGCUGGUGGUAUGGGGUAUGCUCUUGCUAGGUUCAUUUAUGGCAGGUGUUAUGAUUUCCACAACAGACUUUGCUCAACAUACUUUGGACCAGGUGGAACCAAUACGGAACCUGUUUGCAGCUUUGUCCCUCUCAAGUAUCGGAAUGCUUAUACAUGUGCAAUUCCUUUGGAACCAUGUAGAUAUAUUGCUUGCAUCUGUUAUUUUGGUGGUGGUUAUACUGGUACAGUAGAAAAUUUGCAUUACCGUGAAGCUCCAGUUGCAGAUCUUUGUUUGGAUUUUACCCUUCUUGGUUAUCCAGAUUACACUUUGAAACCUGGAGAUGAAAUUGUCUACCUCAAUAAUCUAGAGGAUUAUAUAUCCAUGGUUGUUGAUGCCACUGCCAAGACUGGAAUAACACGACAACUAGAAGCCUUUAGAGCAGGGUUCAAUCAGGUUUUUGACGUCUCAUCUUUGCAAAUAUUUACGCCUCACGAAUUGGAUUAUUUACUUUGUGGCCGUCGAGAAUUGUGGAAGACAGAGACACUAGCUGAUCAUAUAAAAUUUGACCAUGGGUAUACAGCCAAGAGCCCUGCAAUAGUGAAUUUGCUUGAAAUCAUGGGAGGGUUCACACCGGAGCAGCAGCGUGCCUUCUGUCAAUUUGUUACUGGAGCACCUAAGCUCCCACUUGGUGGGCUGGCAGUUCUAAAUCCAAAACUAACAAUUGUGAGGAAGCUGUCGUCGACUGCAGUAAAUACUUCAUAUAAUGGGAUUGUGCAUUCAGAAUCAGCAAAUGAUGACUUGCCCAGUGUUAAGGCAUGUGCUCCCUUAGAACCAAACAACAGCUUGGACCAGUCUUUGUAACGCGGAAGCAGACUUCGGAUCAUAUGCAGACACUCUGUCCACCGAAAUCAGACCAAGCAUAGAUCCUGGUUAGGGAAGUGGUAGAUCAGGAACAAUUAUGACUAUUUCUAAAGCUUAAUGUUUCCCCUCAGGACCAACUCCAACGAGACAAGUUUUCCAAAGUAAUUACAGCACAUCAGUAUCAACCUUUCCUGAAAUUUUAGUAGCAAAUAUUCAAUCAAUUUCAAGGAGAGUAAC